AUGAGGCGGAGCAGGGUACCCGCAGAUGGCGUGAGCCACAUUCUCGGUAAACGGGCCGUAGCGCUGCUCGUUCCCGUUUUAAUAACACUGAUGCUAGUGACAUGGUCUGUACUUAACCUGUCAAGUCUCAUUGGGGAACGGCAAAAUUCCCUUGUCAUCGUUGAACCGUACGGAAACGAGUCAAGUUCGCUGCAGGUAUUUGAGGCGUCUGUUAUUAAUGCUCUGGCAGUUGUUGCGCUUAUUGUGGUCUUCACGUUCAUUAUGUUGGCGUUGUACAAGUUUGGGUUCGAAAUAGUUCUCUACGUGUGGCUGGGUGUGUCUGUGGGGUCAAUCCUCUUUAUCACGAUGUGGGUUUUUUUGGAUUUGGUACUUACCCGAUUUCAAAUACCGUAUGAUUUCAUUACAAUGUUUCUGGUUCUGUGGAACACGGGUGUAGUUGGCCUGGUAUCAAUCUUUUAUUAUUCGCAUCCGACGGUUGCGCAGGUGUACCUUAUUGCCAUAUCGGUUAUCGUUGCUUGGUCUGCUACGUCCCUGCCCGCCUGGACCACUUGGUGCUUGCUCGUAGCGGUUGCGAUAUAUGAUGUAGUCGCCGUGUUAUGUCCGUACGGACCGCUUCGUAUGCUCGUGGAGGCUGCUGAUGAGCGCAACCGACCCAUUCCAGCCCUUGUUUACGACAGUGACGCCCGGAUUAUUGUUGCAACUUCUUUCCCUGGAGAGGAUGCGCAGAUGGUUGAGAUUGCGGCCAGGGCCCGAAAGCAAGAGGGAGGCAGGCAGCGACCCCGGAAGCGGCCCCCGUCUCCCCUGGACUCGCUUCUUGGCGACACUCCCUUUAAAUUGGGGCUUGGCGAUUUCAUCUUCUACAGUUUGUUGUGUGGAAUUGCUGCGAGCUACUCAUUUAUUCCGUGGUUGAUGUCGGUGAUUGCCGUCUUAUUCGGCCUAGUUGGUACGUUGCUUUUCUUGGUGCUUUUCAAGGAAAAGUUGACGGCUCUUCCGGCACUUCCUAUAUCGAUAGCUCUGGGGGUGAUCACCUACUUUUCAUCCCGCUACUUGGUUGUGCCACUGGACUGGUUUGCGACUCUCUCUGUGCUUGCACUGUAG